GUGCUCCAGCAGCGUUGUGAGAACAGAAGCGAUGCCAAGUCUGCUUCUGCUGCCAGGUUUUCCUACUUUCCAAUGAAUUCUCACCGCAUUCCUAUGUCUGUCAGCUGACAAACUGCAGAGCGUCUCUCUGGUGAAGGAAAGGAGAUUUUGCAGAAGCUGCGUGUGUCUGAGCCGCACUUUGCAGCACCGUGGCUGUGGAAGGGUUGGGACCAUGGCUCAGACAAACAGCUUUGGGCAGAGCAGCAAUGGGAUGGCAGACGAGUCCCCAAACAUGCUGGUCUACAGAAAGAUGGAAGAGGUAAUCGCGCGCAUGCAGGAUGAAAAGAAUGGGAUUCCCAUCCGCACAGUGAAAAGCUUCCUCUCCAAGAUCCCCAGUGUGUUUUCAGGUUCUGACAUUGUACAAUGGCUGAUCAAAAACCUAGAUAUCGAAGAUCCAGUUGAGGCCCUCCACAUGGGAACCUUGAUGGCGGCGCACGGAUACUUCUUCCCCAUCUCAGACCACGUCCUGACGCUAAAGGAUGACAGCACAUUCUACAGGUUUCAGACUCCAUACUUCUGGCCAUCAAACUGCUGGGAACCAGAGAACACCGACUAUGCUGUUUACCUCUGCAAAAGAACAAUGCAAAACAAAGCCCGACUGGAACUUGCCGAUUAUGAAGCCGAGAGCUUAGCGAGACUGCAGAGGGCAUUUGCUCGCAAGUGGGAGUUUAUAUUCAUGCAAGCGGAAGCACAGGCAAAGGUUGACAAAAAGAGAGAUAAAAUUGAGAGGAAAAUACUUGACAGUCAAGAAAGAGCAUUUUGGGAUGUGCACAGACCAGUGCCUGGCUGUGUGAACACCACAGAAGUGGACAUAAAGAAAUCCUCCAGAAUGAAGAAUCCCCACAAAACCAGAAAGUCAGUGUAUGGGUUACAGAAUGACGUCCGCAACCACAGCCCCACCCACAACCCCGCCCCCGAGGCCAAGCAGCCAACGGUAGAGGAGCUACACGCACAGAUCACAUUUUGGCAAGCGCAAUUAGACAGGCAUCGAUUGAAAAUGUCCAAAGUUGCAGAGAGUUUGCUGGGCUACACGGAGCAGUACCUGGAGUAUGACCCCUUUCUCACCCCACCUGACCCCUCCAAUCCCUGGAUCUCUGACGACACCACGAUGUGGGAGCUGGAGGCCAGCAAGGAGCCCAGCCAGCAGAGGGUGAAGAGGUGGGCUUUUGGGAUCGAUGAGGUGCUGAAGGAUCCAGUGGGCAGAGAGCAGUUCCUCAAAUUCCUGGAGUCUGAAUUCAGCUCAGAAAACCUGAGGUUCUGGCUGGCAGUCCAGGAGCUGAAGAAGAGGCCGAUCCGAGAGGUUCCAACCCGGGUCCAGGAGAUCUGGCAGGAGUUUUUGGCUCCAGGGGCUCUGAGUGCCAUCAAUGUGGACUCCAAAAGUUAUGACAAGACCACGCAGAACGUGAAGGACCCUGGCCGCUACACUUUCGAGGACGCUCAGGAGCACAUCUACAAACUGAUGAAGAGUGAUUCCUACAGCCGCUUCAUCCGAUCAAGUGCCUACCAGGAGCUGCUGCAGGCCAAGAAAAAGAAAAGUAAGAACUUGUUUUGAAGGAUUUUGCUCCCAGGUAAAGACAAUGAUAAAAGACUGCGUCCCUCUCCAUGUCCCUGUGUCCUCCAAUCUGUGCUGUCCUCAUGUGACUGUGACCCAGAAAUCACUGCACUCAUGUUAAACUGUGUCUUAAGCUCAGAAAACAGCAAACAGGAGUGCCCAUUACAUUACCCAGACCUUACAGAGUACCAGUAAUACAACAAACAACUUCUGUGCCAGUUGCUUGGAGUUUAGUUUUGAGAUUUUUGGAGGACAAAUUCAAUUAAAUCCAGUUAUUUGUUUGGUUUUAGCAGAUAAUUACUUUAGAAUACAGUGGGGUAUGGGAGAUUGGCAGAAUUAUAUUCAAUGAAAAAAGAAAAAAAUGGCAAUACAAUUGAAUUAAAAAUACACUCUUGUUUGCUGUCAGGAAUUACACCGCUGUAUAAAGACCAUGACCAUGACAUUUGUCAUGAAAUUAAUCAGCAUCAUCUGGAUGGUUUAACAUGUGUUUUUGUAUACCUGAGAUGUUGUUACAUUCAGUCAUGAACCCCGUUAGCCCACGCUGAUGUUUAUAAGACUGCUGCAGUGCUGGUCUCUCUCUGUCCCAUGGCGCCACCUGCUGGCCAUCAGAAUGCCAUGAUUAUCCUGAGUAUCCUGCAAGAAAAAGACAGUCACUUUGUCUUUUCUAUGCCUACAGCAAUGGUAUGAAUGCUCACCCAGUACAGCCUCACAGGUGCAAUAAUAUACUGUAGGAGCGAUGAGAGCCUCUGACAUUGCUGGGUUUGUUUCUGAAACUCUGUGGAACUGCGGUCAGUGUGUGGGAAUUUAUCCAUCUUCUCCCACUUGUACCCAGAUUAACCCAGCCACCAGGGGGAGCUCUGGGCAGCCAUACAUCAGUGCUGCAAGCUUCAGUGCUGGAGGAGUGAAUCAGUGCAAACACUUUGCAUGCAGUUCCAUCAGAGCUACAGCAUCAGACUACACUGUGCUGUAUUACCCUGCCUGUACAGGUACUGGGCUUAUAAAGUGCUAAUUACUGGGUGGUGUUUUGCUAACAAUUGGAAAUGUUGGCCUGCCCACUUUUAACAUCUCCCAGACUCAAAUCUAACCAAGAAUGCUGUUUUUUAAAGGGAAAAAUAUACCACCCUUAAAAGGUUGUAACAAGUCCUAAACAGGUGGGUCAAGGUUUUGCUGGAAUACCAAUCACUAUUUUUGAUUAAAAGGAAGGGAUUUUGUCGUUAUUGGAAGUCCUGAAACAUUUCUCUAUUU